CUUCUAGAUUAUCCCAACGGUAUUCGGCUCACAUCAGCUGUUCCGGGAGCAGAUAUCAAAGUACUAAUAAAUUUCAAUGCACCAAAUCCUCAGGACAGGAAGAAGUUUACAGAUGAUUUGAGGGAGUCAAUUGCAGAGGUUCAAGAAAUGGAAAAGCACAGAAUAGAGUCUGAGCUAGAAAAACAGAAGGGUGUGGUGCGUCCAAGCAUGUCUCAAUGCUCCAGCCUGAAAAAGGAUUCUGGCAAUGGGACGCUGAACAGAGCUUGCCUGGAUGACAGCUAUGCUACUGGGGAGGGGCUGAAAAGAAGUGCACUGAGCAGCUCCCUUAGAGACCUGUCUGAAGCAGGCAAGCGUGGGCGACGCAGCAGUGCAGGAUCGCUAGACAGCAAUAUGGAAGGGUCCAUCAUUAGCAGUCCUCACAUGCGCCGAAGAGCUACAUCAACCCGAGAGUGUCCAUCUCGCCCUCACCAGACUAUGCCUAACUCCUCCUCACUCCUAGGUUCCUUAUUCGGUAGUAAAAGGGGAAAGCCACCUUCCCAAGGCCAUGCACCAUCUGGCUCAUCACAGCAACCUCUGCACCCUCCAGUAAUCCCACAUCAGCAACACUCCCAGCAUCCUUCUGCCAUGCAUCAUGCAGGGCCAGCUGAGGGGCAGACACAGGCACAAGUGCACUCCCACCAUUCGCAGUACUGUCACAUGCAGCAGAACCCACCGCCCUACCACCACCACCACCACUAUCACCCUCCCCAGCACAUCCAGCACCCACACCAGUAUCACCAACACGUGCCCCAUUCCCAGCAUGCGGCACACUCCCAGCAUACUCCUUACAUGCAGCACCCCCAUGCGCAGCAUACCCACUCUUCUCAUCCGCCACUGCCCGCUCCGCACCCAGGGCACUCUUCUCAUCCCCAGCACUCUCAGCAUCACCAUGGACCGCCACCACCUCCCUCCACUUCAGCCAGCACUAAGCCCAAACACAGCGGCAUCAGCACAAUAGUCUAG